AUGUCGAUCAGCUCGAUCACCCACGUGAGAAAAAGCGUGACCGCGUCCACCGCCAACUACCCCCAACUACGUCCGAGCAUUACCAACCACCCCCAACUACCUCCGAGCAUUACCAACCACCCCCAACUACCUCCGAGCAUCACCAACCACCGUCAACCACCUCCGACCACCUCCAAACAGCACCUACCAUCUCCUACCCCCUUGAAACACCUCGUACAAUCUCCGUCCGACUCCUACCACCCCCGCCGCCACCUGCCAACGCCUACGGCCGCCAACCACCUCCUGCAACUUCCUACCAGCUCUGACCACCUCCUACCAUUUCCGAACACCUACCUCUCCCUACCACCUCCGACCAUCACCGACCACCUUCUACCACCCCCUACCAGCGCCUACCACCUCCUACCAUUUCCAACCACUCCAACCACCACCAACCAUCUUCGUCCUCCUUGA